CGGAGCGGCAGCGGGCGGGAACGUUCGGUUGGGUUGUGCGAAAUUUCGUUCAGUAAGUUAGGUUGCAGUACGCAGAAUGGCUUCCACGCAGCCUGCCACUGGAGGGGGUGACCAGAAGGAAAGGAAAAAGAAGGAAUCAAUCUUAGACCUCUCCAAGUACCUGGACAAGCCCAUUCGGGUGAAGUUCUCUGGUGGCCGUGAGUCAUCUGGCAUCCUGAAGGGGUUUGAUCAGCUGCUGAACCUGGUGCUUGACAACACCACAGAACACCUCAGAGACCCGGACGACCCGUACCGGCUGACGGAGGACACGCGCCAGUUGGGCCUGGUCGUGUGUCGGGGCACGGCUGUCGUCCUCAUCUGUCCAGCCGACGGCAUGGAGAGCAUACCGAACCCGUUCGUGCAGCAGGACGGCUGAGCCGGUGCCGGCGCUGCGUGGCGGUGCCGCGGCACGGUGGCGGGCGCGCCGGCCGGUGGCUCCAACUGGGAGACGGCGUGGUGGACAGGUGGCGCCACCUGUUGUCAGUCGUUGGCUCCACGGUGGGGCAGCCUCUGCCGUCGCCGUGCGGGUUUAAGUUCCGUCUAAGUCAGAUGGGACUGUCUUUAUGUCACCGUUGCUGCUGCCUCUUGAGUUCGUGCCCGUGGCUCCAGCCGUUUCCAUACGACAUUGUGUUGUGGUAAGGAAAUAAAGUGUCUUUUUGUUA